GUGUCUGAAGCCGUACCGUCUGGCGUCCUACGUCUUGGCGGUGGCGAUGGAGGGUCUCUGUUGUCUCUUCACGCCGUUGCUCCGGUCCUUCUCGCUCCUCGUACCCUUCGCUGUCCUCUACGGUUACUUCGACGGUGCCUACGUGGCACUGAUCCCCGUGGUGACGGCGGACGUGGUGGGAUCUCCGUACCUGUCCUCGGCGCUGGGCGUGGUCUACUUCCUCCACGCCAUCCCCUACCUCAUCAGCCCGCCGAUCGGAGGUUGGCUGGUCGACGUCACAGGAAGCUACUCGCCGACCUUCUUCCUCAGUGGUGUCUCUCUGCUGUCCAGCGCCGUCGUCCUCUCCGCCAUCACCGGGAUCCGCCACUGCCGCCGCCUGAUGCUAACCCCCCGCCGCUAAAUGCUAGCUCCUCCCCCGUCUGUCCGACCAAUCGGACUGCUUCAGCGGAGGCUGUCGGUCGAGCCUCGUGCAGAGGAAACGACCAAUCAGAGUAUCGACAGCGCAGACGGGGAUGAAGGGCCGUGAUUGGCUGGCGAAGUGGAUUUAUUGAUAGUCUGCCGAGGACCAGAAUCCACACUGUGACACACUUCCUGUCACCUGACUUUUAAAGGACACCUGGACGAACAGAGGCGAAGAUGCUAACGCCAAGAAACGAGGGAACAGGAAACAGAAAACAUGAAAUGACCCAAAUAAAAGCAUGUUUGCUCUCUGGUGGAGCUACAGUGGGAACGAAUGGACUCCGCAGAGCAAAGAGAUGAUUGAGUGAAACUAGAACACUCAAUAAGAGACUUUAAAGUUAGUUUGAGGCCAAACAGAAAUGUGUCGAAUGACUGAAUGUCAAAGACUGAAAGUUAAUGUUUGAUUGAUUGUUGAACAAAACUGGGUAGAACAUUCACGAUCCGAAUAUGUGAAUAUCUACUAGAACUCUUUCGCCUCUUUGACUGUAAAUGAUUAGUUUGAAAAGAAAUCAUGUGAAACUGUGACGGACAUUUUACAUUUGAUGAUUCUUUAUGAACUGUGAUCUUGGUGCAUAAAGAAUAGAGAUACUGAAGACGCAGGUCAAACAACAACAUGAGACAUUUUAACUUCAGCAACAGAAAUAACCAGAGAGCUCUGAACUACGGAAGACUUUAUGGUGCCGUACUAAUCAAAUAAAAACUGAAUGAAUGGAUCUUUAUUGUGAAAUUAAGAUCAAAACCAGAAGAGGUGAGUAUCAACAGCUACAAGAGAAGAAGUCAGAAAUAAAUUAUAUUUAUUGUAAAGAAUGAAGAAUCAUCGAUUGGUCUACGACAUU